UGCAAAAACACCCAAAUCAGAAAGACUGAAACCCUCUCUUUCAUCGCUUCGAAGCUCGACGGACUUCACCCACCAACUCGUCUGAUCACCGGGCUCUAGCCCUUCCUUGCGAAAUCAUCAAUUCAUCACGGGUUUAAGAUCAUCCGGGAGUUGAUGCUCACGGCUGUGAGAUGGCUAAUCCUCAGAACGUGGAGCUGGAAGCAGCCAAGUUUCUGCAUAAACUCAUCCAGGAGUCUAAGGAUGAGCCUUCCAAACUGGCUACAAAGCUCUAUGUGAUUUUGCAGCACAUGAGGUCUAGUGGGAAAGAAAAUUCCAUGCCUUAUCAAGUCAUAUCGAGGGCAAUGGAAACUGUAAUCAAAGAACACAAUAUUGAUAUUGAAACUUUAAUGUCGUCGCGCCUGCCACUGGCUGCUGGAGCUCAAGAUGGAGAUACUGGAUCACAACAAUUAGCUGGAUCUUCUCAGCGGGCUGGGACUGCUAAAGACUCUAAAUCUGGGAAUGAGAUUGAGACACCGGAGACAUAUGCAUUAACUAGGACACCUAGUGGUCCAGUAAGUGGUGGGCAAGACGUGUAUCAAGGUUCUACAGCUCAUAUAGGUGGUGUUGGUGUCAAGGUUCAUGGGGUUCCUCCUGGUGCUCCGGGCUCUUAUUUAACAGCAGACUCAACAAAUAGGGUUGAGUUUGCUAACUCUUCAUUUGAUGGUCAGAGCCUUGCUGCCAAGAUGUCCAAGGACAGAAGUGUGGAAGCCUUUGGUGACCAUUCUACUGGAAAAAUAGCUGCUGGUGGAUCUAGUCUAGUAACAAAUGCAAAUAUGAGUUCUUUUCAGGGCAGUAUAGCAGAGCAAAACAUGACCAGAAAUGCUGGUUCCAGGGAUACUGGGAAAUCUCCAGUUCCUCAGACUUCCAAUGCAGGCCUUCCAUUUAAGGAACAGCAAUUAAAACAACUCAGAGCGCAGUGCCUUGUUUUUUUGGCUUUUAGAAAUGGAUUGAUGCCGAAGAAACUUCAUCUUGAAAUUGCUCUUGGAGACAUAUAUUCUAAAGAAGAUGGGACCCGCAGAGAUCUCCUUGACCAGAAAGGGAAGGAGCAGCUAGUUCAUGAAACAAGCACUGUUCCAGAAGCCCCAAGGUCGAUUGAAAGGCCAGAUAGAAGCAACUCUAACCCCCCUCACUUGGAUUCUAAUUCAACAAAAGAAUCUGAUGCUGUGAAGUUUCCAGAUGAAAGAUUUAAUCAACCUGUUGUGCCAGUUGAAAAUGAACAGGAUGGCAAUUGUUCAGUGUCAAGAGGGAAAACAGAUAUUGAAAUUACAAGAGAGGAUGCUAUAAAAUCACAUGCAUCACAUGAUUCAAGUAUAAGGGAAUCAUAUAGCUGUGAUCACGAGGAUGAUUUGGGGAACCGCCGCCAGCGCAAAUCCAUACCCUCUGCAGUUAUGACCCCUUCUGAACAAUCAAUGCUCGAGGAUAGUGGUCCAUCUGUAGAUGGUUUUGCUAACGAUAUUACCAAUGCACCAGUGCCUACCACUUUUUUUACUAAUGAUGGGGUGCUACAAAGACCAGAAGAUAGCGCUAGUCAUGCACAGAAUUCGAUGGAUUGCAAUAAUCCAGGGAAGUCUUACUCUGACAAGAAGUAUUCAAGUUUACUGUUAAAGGACAAGUGGAAGCCUGCCUCAGGAAUGAGUGGCCAAAACUACCCUGCCAUGGCAGUUAAGGAUUCCAAUGUAACUGUUAGAAACUUUUAUCAAGGGACAGACCAGGAAGAGGGUUAUCCUUCAAAGUCUAUGAACAGGCAACCUUCACCGAAGCAUACAACUGUAGAAAAAUGGAUCAAGGGCCGGCAGAAAAGGAAAGUCUUUGCUGAGCACAACUGGGCUAAAAAACAGCAGAAGACAUCACAAAAAAUAAAUGGUUGUUCUGAUAGGCUAAAGGAAGCUGUGAGCUCUUCUGAAUAUAUUUCUGUGAAGACCAAAAGUGUAAUUGAAUUAAAAAAGCUUCAGUUGCUAGAAUUGCAGCGACGUCUUCGGAGCGACAUCUUGAAUGAUUUUUUUAAACCAAUAGCAAGUGAAAUGGAUAGAUUGAAAUCAAUUAAGAAGCACAGGAUUGGAAGGAGAUCAAAACAAUUUGAAAGAUAUGAGCAGAAAAUGAAAGAGGAGCGACAUAGGAGAAUUAAGGAAAGGCAGAAGGAAUUCUUUAGUGAUAUUGAAGUUCACAGAGAAAGACUAGAAAAUGGUUUUAAAGUAAAGAGAGAGUGCUGUAAAGGAUUCAAUAGGUAUGUAAGGGAGUUCCACAAGAGGAAGGAAAGAUUUCAUCGUGAGAAGAUAGACAGAAUCCAGCGUGAAAAGAUUAAUUUAUUGAAAAUUAACGACGUUGAAGGAUAUCUUCGCAUGGUUCAGGAUGCAAAAUCUGAUCGAGUUAAUAAACUGCUAAAAGAGACUGAGAAAUAUCUGCAAAAACUUGGGUCCAAAUUGAAGGAUGCUAAGGUAAUGGCCGGACAGUUUGGGACAGAUAUUGAGGCGAGUAAGGGUGGUACCAUUGAGGAGAGUGAAGAUGUUGAGAAUGAAGAUGAAAAGGAUCAGGCCAAGCACUAUUUGGAAAGCAAUGAGAAAUACUACACGAUGGCACAUAGUGUGAAAGAGCACAUUACUGACCAGCCAACCGGGUUGAUUGGGGGAAAACUAAGGGAGUACCAAAUGAAUGGGCUUAGAUGGCUGGUUUCUCUUUAUAAUAACCAUUUGAAUGGCAUACUAGCAGAUGAAAUGGGCUUGGGAAAAACGGUGCAGGUCAUAUCUCUUAUUUGCUACUUAAUGGAAAAUAAGAAUGACAGAGGACCUUUUCUAGUAGUUGUACCAUCUUCUGUGCUACCUGGAUGGGAGUUGGAGAUCUCUACCUGGGCUCCUAGUAUCCACAAAAUUGUUUACUGUGGCCCCCCUGAGGAGCGUCGGAGGCUAUUUAAGGAACAAAUUGUUCAUCAAAAAUUUAAUGUUCUUCUGACAACAUAUGAAUAUUUGAUGAACAAAUAUGAUCGUCCAAAAUUGAGUAAAAUACAGUGGCAUUAUAUUAUUAUUGAUGAAGGUCAUCGCAUUAAGAAUGCUUCCUGCAAGUUAAAUGCUGAUUUGAAACAUUAUCGCAGCAAUCACAGAAUACUUUUGACUGGAACUCCCUUGCAGAAUAAUCUUGAAGAACUCUGGGCAUUGCUUAAUUUCUUGUUACCAAACAUCUUUAACUCAUCUGAAGAUUUUUCUCAAUGGUUUAAUAAACCAUUUGAGAGUAAUGGUGACAGUACCACAGAUGAAGCCUUACUUUCUGAAGAGGAGAAUCUUUUGAUAAUAAAUCGUCUCCACCAAGUUCUGCGGCCAUUUGUACUUCGAAGAUUAAAACACAAGGUGGAAAAUCAAUUACCUGAGAAGAUUGAAAGACUAGUUAGAUGCGAGGCUUCUGCAUAUCAGAAGUUAUUGAUGAAGAGAGUUGAAGAGAAUCUUGGUGCCAUUGGAACUUCAAAGGCUCGCUCUGUGCACAACUCUGUGAUGGAGCUACGGAAUAUAUGCAACCACCCAUAUCUUAGCCAACUUCAUGUGGAGGAGGUUCAUGACCUAGUUCCAAAGCAUUACCUUCCAAACAUUAUCAGACUUUGUGGGAAACUUGAGAUGUUGGAUAGGUUAUUACCUAAACUAAAGGCAACCGAUCACAGAGUUCUUUUUUUUUCGACAAUGACUCGACUACUUGAUGUUAUGGAGGACUAUCUUUGCUGGAAACAGUAUAAAUACCUUCGAUUGGAUGGACAUACAUCUGGUGGUGAUCGGGGUGGCCUCAUCGAGAAGUUCAAUAAUCCUAGCUCUCCGUACUUUAUAUUUUUACUCAGUAUCCGAGCUGGAGGAGUUGGUGUGAAUCUCCAAGCUGCUGAUACAGUCAUUAUUUUUGAUACAGAUUGGAAUCCCCAGGUGGAUUUGCAAGCACAGGCCAGGGCUCAUAGGAUUGGGCAAAAGAAAGAAGUUCUUGUUCUUCGUUUAGAAACUGUCCAAACUGUGGAGGAGCAAGUUAGAGCUUCUGCUGAGCACAAACUUGGGGUUGCGAAUCAGAGUAUAACUGCUGGAUUUUUUGACAAUAAUACGAGUGCGGAGGAUCGAAGGGAAUACUUAGAGUCUCUCUUGCGGGAGUGCAAGAAAGAGGAAGUUGCACCUGUUCUGGAUGAUGAUUCCCUCAAUGACAUUAUAGCGCGCAGUGAAGAAGAAAUUGAUAUCUUUGAAUCAGUUGACAAACAGAGGCGUGCAGAUGAAAUGGUUGUUUGGCAAAAUUUGUGUGGUGUGAAAGGGUCAGAUAAAAGCAAGCUUAUACCUCAAUUGCCUUCUCGGCUCAUAACAGACGAUGACUUAAAAUCAUUUUAUGAAGUGAUGAAGAUCUCUGAAACAACAACUCCCGUUGUAUUACCUGAUUCAGGGAUGAAGAGGAAAAGUGGGUAUCUUGGAGGUCUUGAUACCCAUCAGUAUGGGAGAGGCAAACGUGCUAGAGAGGUUCGUUCGUAUGAAGAGCAAUGGACUGAAGAAGAAUUUGAAAGACUGUGUCAGGUUGAAUCUCCAAAUUCUCCCACAAUGAAGGAAGAAGUUACUAGAAAAACAAUGGCAGUCACUACAAACAGCGCAUUCGUAGUCAAGGGUGAGAUGCAGGCACCGGCUGUCCCUCAACUUCCUCCACUUCAUUCGCUUCCUCAACAUCCAACUGUGGAGCCUCUGGCCGUACAGAACAAAGAGGCUACACCACCAUCUAAAAGAGGGCGUGGCAGGCCAAAAAGAGUGGUGGAAGUUUCUCCAACAGUUAGUUCUCCUGGACUAUUGGGACCUGUGAAAACUGAAGAAAUUUCCAAAGUUGAAAUUAAACCUGGUCCUGAUUCUAUGGUCUGCACUACUGAUGAUGGAGGUAUCACUGGGAGCUCAAAAGAGUUGAAGUUGCCUGCUACUCUGAACUCCGGGCCACCUCUUCCCCCUUCUCUCAUUCCUGCUUCACCCCCAUCAUCUGGGCGAGGUAGAGGACGUGGUCGGAAGUCUCAGACAGGUGGAGAAGCUCCUGCUCCCAGACGCCGAGGCAAAAGACAGACUACAGCAUUACAAACAGCUCAAACAUCUUCAUUGCCACUUGUUACUGAUAAUCCAUCUGUUGAAAUAAAAGGAGAACUUGCCCGAAGCUCUGCUAUCACUACCAGUUGUACUUCUGUCUCUGUCACUAGCAUUACAAAAGAACUGGGCUCUGAACCGGAUUCUGUGUCACCUUCUCCUGUGGUUCCAUCAGUUUCUGGUCCAAGCAAUUCAGACGUGGAGCCCCAUAAAGAAGUUACACCUAACUCUUUAAUGGCUUCUGAUAGUACUUUUACUGGCUCCGUCGCCGUAGCUAUUGUAAAUCAGGCAGAUCCAGACAUUGUGCGCACUUCAAAUCCUGAAGCUACACCUCCCCCACAGCCUAUUAGCGCUUCUCUCUCUGUAACAACACUGGGUAGAGGUAGAGGGCGGGGACGGGGGCGAGGGCGAGGGCAGAAUGCUCAAAGUCGUGAAGAGGCACCGCAACGAAGGCGAAGGAGGCAGGAGCCCAUAGCAUCCACUGUUUCUGGUGCAUUAACUCGUCAGGACUCAGAGUCAUGUGAACCUCAACCGAAAAGAACUCGGGCUUCUGUUGGACGAAAAGACACCGUACGGCGUGAGAAGGUUCAGGAAGUGACUAAUGCAAGUCAAUUUGCUGAACAGGGUAUUCAAGAUUCUCUGGCCGAACGAGUUACUAAGGAUACAGAGAUUGGUCCAGGCAAGUUACAAAACCCUCCUAAGGAACAAGAUGCAAAUGAAAAACCAAGUGAGGAUCACAGGAAUGAAGUCCUUGCUUCGAAAUCUAACCCAUCUGAUGAUUUAACAUCAAUUUCGAUGCCUGAUCCAACAGCUGGAGCGCCUAGUUCUCUGGUUCCCAAGUCUGCAGAGGACAAUGCAGAAUCUUCUAGUAAAGAACUUGAUUCAACAGCUGCAGCGCGUAGUUCUCUGGUUCCCAAGUCUGCAGAGGACAGUGUAGAAUCUUGUAGUAAAGAACUUGAUAUUAAGGAGCCCUGUGGGGAUGAUAUUUCUAUUGUCUCAGUUCUUGUGCCACCACAGACCGAUAUUAAUUGUGGAACAUCUGGAGGGUCCCAAUCCUUAGUAGGCACAAAUAUCAACUCUCCUGUGAUUGACAAAGAUGAAUCUGGAAAAGUUGUAGAGGAUGAACAUGAAACCAAUAUUACUGAUGAAUUACCGGGAAAAGUUCUAGUGAAUGAACAUGAAACCAAUACUCCUGAUGAAGUAUCUGGAAAAGUUGCCGUGAAUGAAUGUGAAACCAGUACUCCUGAAGUAGGCGCAAAUGUCAACUCUCCUGUGACUGACAAAGAUGAAUCUGGAAAAGUUGUAGAGGAUGAACAUGAAACCAAUAUUACUGAUGAAGUACCAGGAAAAGUUGCAGUGAAUGAACAUGAAACCAAUACUGCUGAUGAAGUAUCUGGAGAAGUUGUCGUGAAUGAAUGUGAAACCAGUACUCCUGAUAAAGUAGGCGCAAAUGUCAACUCUCCUGUGACCGACAAAGAUGAAUCUGGAAAGGUUGUAGAGGAUGAACAUGAAACCAAUAUUACUGAUGAAGUACCAGGACAAGUUGCAGUGAAUGAACAUGAAACCAAUACUGCUGAUGAAGUAUCUGGAGAAGUUGUCGUGAAUGAAUGUGAAACCAGUACUCCUGAUGAAGUACCUGUUUCUACCACCGGUGAAUUUCAUGUGGAUCAUUCUGCUAUAACGACUACGGAAAAAGUCUGCACUGAACCAAACUCAGCCUCACCUGCCACUAUGCUAUCGUCAGCACUGUGCCCAAUUGAUAUUGGUGUGGGGUCAGAACAAGGAAUCACAGUGAGCUCCUUAACGGCUUCUACUCAUGCUUCAACUGAUCCAAUGGCUGUGGCAAGUUCUGACCAACUGGCUCCUGACAUUUUGUCCAUGUCGAGUGUCCAAGCUACGGAGGAAGAUAUUUCAGAGCCUUCUGCAGGGCAAGUUCCAGAGGAUAUUUCUGCAGGCGCUACUUUAGAAACAGAGAUUGGUGCAGCCAAGUUACAAAACCCUCCUCAGCAAGAUGCAUGUUUUAAACCAAGUAACGAUCACAUGAAUGAAGUAAUUGCUUCAACAUCUGACAUAUCUGAUAAUUUUCCACCAGUUUUGAUGCACGAUCCAGCAGAUGGAGCGCGUAUUUCUCUGGUUCCCAAGUUUACAGAGGAAAAUGUAGAAUCUUGUGGUAAAGAACUUGAUAUUAAGGAGCCUUGUGAAACAUCUGGAGGGUCACAAUCCUUGGUAGGCACAAAUUUUAACUCUGCUGUGAUUGACAAAGAUCAAGGCUUGCAUAGUGGUGCUCCUGCGGCUGCUACUGCAACAUCUGGAUCAAUGCCUCUUGGUGAUGGGAUUGACAAGUUGUAUCCUGAAUGUCGAAGCAAAGAUGAUAGAAUUUUUAGUCCUACCAAUAACCCUAACUUGGAUGAAUUUCCUGCAUCAGAUAAUAUAUCAAAAGGACCAGCUGAUUAUAAUCCCACAGAUUCAAUUAUUGAGUUACCUAAUCAUACAGAUGCUCUGGUACCAUCUGAAUAUACCCAGUCUUUGCCUGUAUCUGAUAGCAACUCCAUCAACACAGGCGAAUGCCAACAUUUACAAAAUGCAGAGAUUCAGCUUGCAUCAGUUGUUGGUCCUGAUGAAGUACCAGAAGAAGAAUCUGGAAAGUUGAAUUCAAUUUCUGGGGUAAUGAAAAGCACAGAAGAUGAAUCUGGAAAAGGUAUAGUGGAUGAACAUGGAACCAGUACUCCUGAUGAAAUACCAGGAAAAGUUGUAGUGAAUGAACAUGACACUGAUACUCCCGAUGAAGUACCUGGAGAAGUUGUAAUAAAUGAACAUGAAACUAGUCCUCCUGAUGAAGUACCUGCUGUUUCUACCUCUGACUUUCAUGUGGAUCAUUCUGUUAUCACGGCAAUAGAAGAUGUCCGCACUGAACCAGACUCAGAAAAAGGAAUCCCGAUGAGCUUCUUAACGGCUUCUGCUCAUGCUUCAACCAAUCCAAUGGAUGUGGCAAGUUCUGAUCAACUAGCUCCUGUCACGACGUGCAUGUCGAGUGCCCAAGCUACUGAAGAAGAUAUUUCAGAGCCUUCUGCAGGGCAAGUUCCGGAGGACCUUGUUAAAGAUGCAGACAUUGAUGUGACGAAGCUAGAGGAUCCAAUUCAGGAAGAAGACACAGUGGAAAAAGAUGGCCGUGCCAAAGAUGCAGUCAUUGAUGUGGCGAAGCUAGAGGAUCCAAUUCAGGAAAAAGAUACAGUGGAUGAGUCAGGCCAUGCCAAAGAUGCAGGCAUUGAUGUGGCGAAGCUAGAGGAUCCAAUUCAGGAAAAAGAUACAGUGGAAAAAGAUGGUGUGGAUGCAGGCCAUGCCAACGAUGCAGGCAUUGAUGUGGCAAAGCUAGAGGAUCCAAUUCAGGAAAAAGAUACAGUGGAAAAAGAUGGUGUGGAUGUAGGCCAUGCCAACAAUGCAGGCAUUGAUGUGGCAAAGCUAGAGGAUCCAAUUCAGGAAAAAGAUACAGUGGAAAAAGAUGGUGUGGAUGCAGGCCAUGCCAAGGAUGCAGGCAUUGAUGUGGUGAAGCUAGAGGGUCCAAUUCAGGAAAAAGAUACAGUGGAAAAAGAUGGGGUGGAUGCAGGCAAUGCCAACGAUGCAGGCAUUGAUGUGGUGAAGCUAGAGGGUCCAAUUCAGGAAAAAGAUACAGUGGAAAAAGGUGGUGUGGAUGCAGGCCAUGCCAACGAUGCUGGCAUUGAUGUGGCGAAGCUAGACAGUCCAAUUCAGGAAAAAGAUACAGUGGAAAAAGAUGGUGUGGAUGCAGGGCAUGCCAACGAUGCAGGCAUUGAUGUGGCGAAGCUAGAGGAUCCAAUUCAGGAAAAAACAGUGGAUGGAAAAUGUGAAGAGCCUGGAAUUGGAACCCAACAUGAUGAUGGGGAUCAUUGUGGAGUUAGUCCUUCGGUUUCGACUGUUCUUUCUCAAAGUGAUGACAACAAUCAUGGAACAGCUGAGGAUUCACAAUGCCGGCCAGAAACGCAUAACGACUCCGAUGACUUGGAAGAAAACCGGAGUACUGCUGAAGCUGCGGAAAUACUCGCUCCAACAUCACUUCCUGCAGUGAGUGACCAGAUGGAUUCUCCCAGCGGAAAGGAAGAUGCCAAUAUAACUUUUAGUGAGAAAAACCCCUGAUAUGGAUGUGUUGUAGAAGCAUUUUAAUGUAUAAGUUUGAAUAUAUAUCUUUGACCGUAAUUCUCCCUAUAUAUAUGUUAGGUGUCGUUUGUAUUAUGCAUAUUUGCCUAAUGGAAUAGUAAAUCUAUGGUUGUUGAUGUAA